UCAUCCCAUCGACUUCCAUAAUUGCCUGGCUAAAAAGAUUUGGGGACGGCUGUUGAAAAAGACCCUGCAAUGAAAAGAUUCAUUAUUUGUAAGCAUUGAACCUCUCUAAUCAGUAGUUUAAUACCCACAACCCUUUCUUGUUACUAUCUCAUCCUCCUCUCAUGGAGCCGUUCCUCCAGAUCUUGUUAAUUCUGAUUUCUAGCCUCCUUGCCCUUUUCAUCAGUGUCUACUUUCACCGUUUAAAGAGACCAACAAGUAGCUACUGUGCACCCCAAGCAGGCGGUGCUUGGCCGAUCAUUGGUCACAUGCACCUGUUUGGUGGCGGCCAACUGACCCACAAAACGCUGGGCACCAUGGCUGAUAAAUAUGGACCUGCUUUCACUAUUAAACUAGGCUCCCACAGUGCCUUGGUUUUGAGUAAUUGGGAAAUAGCCAAAGAGUGUUUCACUGUACAUGACAGAAAUUUCUCCACAAGGCCAAGUAUUGCAGCCUCAAAGCUACUUGGCUAUGACUUUGCCAUGUUUGGAUUUGCUCCCUAUGGCUCUUACUGGCGUCAGAUGCGCAAGAUUGCUACGAUCGAGCUUCUAUCGAGCCACCGGAUCGAUAUGCUCAGGCACAUACGAGCUGCGGAGGUGAAAACAGCCAUAGGAGAACUGUACAAAUUAGGGGUGAGAAAAGGCAGUGCCGAUGGUGGAAUUACAGUGGAUAUGAAACAGUGGUUUGGAGACUUGACGCACAAUAUUGUUUUGAGAAUGAUUGGAGGAAGAAGAUACUUCGGAGCCAACGCUGAUUGUGAAGAAGACGAGGCACGGCGGUGGCAGCAAGUAAUGAGAAAUUUUGUUUUUCUGUUUGGUGUGUUCAUCUUGUCUGAUGCGAUACCAUUUCUCGGAUGGUGGGACUUUAAUGGCUACGAGAGAAUGAUGAAGCAAACAGCAAAGGAAUUGGACACUCUCAUUGGAGGUUGGCUCGAGGAGCAUAAAAAGAAGAGAUUGUUGUCUGCAGAGAAAAAGGAAGAAAGGGAUUUCAUGGAUGUUAUGCUAAAUGUCCUGGAAGAUGCCAAUAAUUCUGGUUUUGAUGCUGACACUAUUAACAAGGCCACCUGCCUGAAUUUACUGGCAGCAGGAAGUGACACCACCAUGGUGACGCUGACAUGGGCUCUAUCUUUGUUGCUGAACAAUCCUGAUAAGUUAAAGAAGGCUAAAGAUGAGCUGCACAUCCACAUUAGUCAGGACAGGAAUGUUGACGAAUCUGAUCUGAAAAAUCUGGUCUACCUGCAAGCCAUUGUCAAGGAAACGCUGCGCUUGUACCCAGCAAGUCCAGUCAUUGGCCUUCGAGCUGCAAUUGAGGAUUGCACCCUCUCGACCAGCUACCGCAUUCCUGCUGGUACCCGCUUGAUGGUGAAUGCCUGGAAGAUUCACCGCGACAAACGGGUAUGGCCAGAUCCAGAAAAGUUCCAGCCGGAGAGAUUUCUUACUAGUCAUAAGAAUACGGAUUUGAAGGGCCAGAAUUUUGAACUCAUCCCAUUUGGGUCCGGAAGAAGGGCAUGCCCUGGAAUCUCACUGGCCCUGCAAGUAGUACAAUAUAGCCUUGCUAGCAUUUUGCAUAGUUUUGAAGUUGGGAAGGUGUCAAGUGAAGAUGUGGAUAUGACUGAGAGUAGUGGCUUGACUAAUUUAAAAGCAACUCCGCUUGAAGUUCUUCUCAUCCCGUGCCUUAAUUAUGAACUUUAUGAUCAUUGAGCUGCUGGUAUUUUGGUUUGUAAAUAAAUAAGACCCAGGCUUACCAUGAGAUGGUUGUUUUCUUAGGACUGCAUUGAGGCUCAUAAUCUACAGAUGUAAUUGAAUUGAAUUAUUCAUAAGUUUACAGUUUGAUUCAAAUAAAAUAAACGAAGAUUGUGAUGAA